CUGUGCCCCAGAUAAAAGACUGCGGGCAGUUUUUGUCUGUGGACUCGUCAAUUUUGUCGACUCACCGACCACACUUCCCUCCCCUCUCCCUCCCUCCCGAGACCAAUCCCCUCCGCCGCCGCCGCGCGCACAACUCUCCUUGCCAUCAUGUUCAAGUUCUCCACCUUUGCUUUUGCUCUCUCUUGCGUCGGCCUUAUUCGUGCCGCCGUCAUCGACGGCCUCGCAACCCGCACCUCGUCGUCCUCAGACACCUGUGCCUGUACCACCGGGCCGUUGAACAUCGCCGGUGUAUCCUGCGGAACGUUCCAUCAGUCUGACAACUUCUGCUUCUGCAUGAGCGAGCUCGAUUCGCUGAUCCAGAACAGCAACAACCCGAUCAUCCAGUUCGCCCGCUUCUUCGACGUCGAUCUCAUCAAAGGCGCGCUCACGCAGAUGGUCCACAACGCCGAGUCGAGAUCGGACUGCGACCGGCCGGACUUCUCCGCGCCCAGCUGCUCGCGCGACAACGUGUGCGGGUACAAGUGCCACGACGGGUACAAGGACUGCGGCGACAGCUGCGCGCGCGCGUGCUCGACGGCGAGACUCGGCCGCAAACGCCGCAGUGUGCCGACGGAGGCGAAGCCCGACUACUGGGGCGCCCGCGUGCAGCGCACCUGCGAGCAGGGCUGGCAGGCGUGUGGUGUCCCCGGGGCUGACCGCCGGGCGUGGGAGUGUGUCGAUGUGCAGAGGGACUUGGAGAGCUGCGGAGGCUGUGCCUCGGGCAUCUCGUCCUCCCUCACGGGCCAGUCCACUGGCGUCGACUGCACCACUAUCCCACAUGUUUCUGACGUCUCGUGCAUCUCCGGGGGAUGUGUUGUCCACCGUUGUCUCCCUGGAUACAUCACGUCCCCCUCGGGCGACGCUUGUCUCAGCAAAGACUUUGUUGACAGGACCCCCCUCUCCAUUGUAGGGGAAAAGAUAUUCGACAUCGCUGCCGCAGCGCUGAGUCUGUAGACUCAACAUCGUGCCGUUAGACGAUGCUUCAUCUCAAACAUUCAUUCACAAAGGGCUAUUGUUCAAACUUGAUUAAUAGAAUAGGGCUAGUGAGGGGUAUCAGUAAACUACCUCGGAUUUGCAUCCUCCCGGUCAUCCCAAUCUAAAAAUAUCACGUCCUGAGUCGCCCUGUGGCGUCAAUCGUGGCGAUGCAGAUUGCUCAGGGCGGAAGUGCAAUGAUCGGGUCAAUGAAGGUCACGGCCGAGGGGCUUUGGGUCUGCUUCUGUACCAGUUCUCGAAAGGAAUGAACCUCGGAUUCCAUUCCAUACUGGCUCCGAUGUUUCGAGUCAAACUAGGCGCGAGACACCGCGAUGGUGUUGAAAUCCUUCCCUGGUACAUUCACUGGCACAGUGCUCCUUGCUGCUACUCGGUCCUUCAUUUCACGCAGUUUCUGUCGUUCCGACACCAGCCGACCUCUGCAGGCCCCUUUCGCGCGCUUCUCUCUCGUUCUGUUAUUGUGAUGUAUCUCUUAGAUGUAUUCCAUG